AUGAGUUCCAUGUUCAAGAAGAAGGGCGGUCUCGCUUUCAAGCCCAAAAUCCCCACGACUCGACCGAGACCCGUCAACGCUCCAUCCGUCCCAGCACCGAAAAAUGUCGAAAGCCAGCCGUCGAUUGAUUCGCCAAUCGACACGGCCCUGAAUGACGCAUCCACGGCUUCCGAACCUGUUCAAUCCUCCGUCACUCCUCCAUCUGAGUCACAAAUAGCGGCGGACACUCCAAACCAAUCGUCACCUCCCCCUCCUCCAUCAACCCAGACUACGACCGAGAAGCAGGCCCUAUCCGAUGUGCCGUCAGAGACAGGCUUGCUGCCUCUCGGCAGCCCAGCACCAGCAACGGAUGAUGCCUCUUCGAUAGUAAAUACUUCCAGUGAUAAUGCUUCGGCGUCUGCGCCACCAGCGGUUUCAUCCGCACCAGAGCCUGUGGCGAAGCCGGCAAAGAGGAAAAACAAGCGCGCAGCGGCAACCCAAGAAUCGAAGGACGGCGAGGAAACAAUCAAGCCGCCGCCGAGACGUCAACGUAAAAAGGCCUCUAAGCAAGAAGGCAACGCUACCCCGCGACCUCGAACUCGGAAGCGCAAGGACGACAACUCCAAUGAUGAGGAUGCUGCGGAGAAGAAAAAGCCUAGGAAAGGCCGGUCGCCUACGCCGGAGGAUGCAGAGAAUCAAGUGGUGGACUUGCAGCAACUGAGAAUGGCUGACUUGACAAAGGAUCUCCGAAUAGGCAAAAAGUUUAGUCGACAUGAUGAGCUACGAGAUCGAGAAAGAAAAGCCCGAAUCAAGGCCAAGCUUUCAAAGGAUGGUGACCAGGUUGACGACGAAGCAUCGGGCUCGGCGUCUCCCGCGCCGGCCAAGCCAGACGGCCAAGCAAACGUGCCGUUCCGCAUCGUGGACGGGCAGAUUGUGCUCGACCAGAGCUCGCUGUUCAUGGACCGCCAUGCGCGUGCCGCCGCUGCACAAGCCGGGUCGAACAUGGAGACGAUUGAGGAAAACGACUUUACGCGGUUAAUCACCAGCAGCUCCUUUGCGACAUCUUCCAAGCUCAAGGGGCCAAACGUAUGGACUGAUGAGGAGACGGAGCUCUUCUACCGGGGCCUUCGAAUGUUCGGAACCGAGUUCGAGAUGAUCUCCAAGAUGUUCCCCGGCAAGCAGCGGCGCCACGUCAAGCUCAAGUUCAAUCGUGAGGAGCGCCACAAUCCGAAGCGCAUCGACUCAGCCCUCAUUGGGGAGAAGACGAUCAAGCUCGAUAUUGACGAGUACCGGGCAUUUACCGGCAUCGAGUUUGAGCCUGUCGAGGCCAUCGAGGCGGAGCAGCGCAAGAUCCAAGAGGCCUAUGAGCAGGAGCGGCAACGCGUCGCCGAUGAGCAGGCUGAAAUUAUGCGCAAGAAGCGCGAGGAGCUCUUUGCCGACGACGGCGACGAAAACGCCCCGGGCAAGAAGAGGAAGGGCGGCAAGAAAAGGGGCAAGCAGGCGGUUGCCUACGGGCUCAACGGAGAGCCAAUCACGCAGGAUGCUUGA